AUGUCUCGAUUGUUGUCGAUUGUAAUUUUCUUGGAUUUGAUCUUAGUUGUUGUCUUUUCGGUUCACGAUAAUGAUAACUGUCGCCAGUUAGACUUUGAUCUUCCAAUAUUUGGAAAGGCUUUGGCCAAUCACGUGAUCCGAACUAUCCAAGUCCCGGAUGUCCUGCUCUGUCAGUUGUAUUGUUUUCUGGAAGCGGAUUGUGUGUCGGUGAAUGUAAGAGCUGCAAACCAUAGCCCAGAAAAGAUCUGUGAACUCAAUAACAAAGAUGCAAACAGCCAUCCUGAGGAUUUGAUGCUCAUUCACCAAUCUUCAUUCCAUGGGACAAAAAAUGCCUGCUCCAGUAAUCCUUGCUUGAGUGGCGUCACGUGUCAAACUGGAUUCACCGAAAAAGGAUACCGCUGUCUUUGUCCAACAGGUUCCUUUUGCACAGAAGUUCAGUGGAUAAAAAUAAACACUUCACCAGUCUGUUUUGGAGCUCGUAACAAUUCAUAUGGUGUCUUCAAGAUUCCAUCAGCUGGUCGAGUGAUCUCUUUUAAACUGGUACAUCUAUUUGGGUACGUGGUCUGUGGUAAACGGUCAGGCAAGUCAAAAUGGGGAUGCAAAUUCAGAUAUCCUCCUAAGCUGGCAGUUUUUGUCAAAGAUCGUCUUCAGCGGCCGAUUUUGCCGCCAGAUAAUACGGUGUUUCGUAGGUUCAAUGGGGCGCAUAAUCAGUGUGCAAAUGGAAUUUAUUAUGGCCUCCCUGGAUUCAACGAAGACUCUCGGGAACUAAGGUUCAAUAACUUUUCUUCCCCUAUGACGGUCACAGAGGGUCAAGAAUUUCAAAUAUGGUACGGAGAGGAUCUGAAAGACUGCACUGAAGACGACAAUGACGGACAAAGUUGUGUUGACAUAUACGGCUUGUACGUGUAG